AGAGAGAAAAAAAGGACGUAAUUUGGUUUCUUCCUUGAUGGGUUUUUGAGUAAUUCGCCAGUCUCUCUCCUCCUCCUCUCUCUUUAUUCAUUUCUUUAUCUUUCUCUUUCUUAAUCUCAGAAGGGUUUUCAGAGAACUUUCUCUCUCCGUGCGAGUGAAUCGGGUCAGCGGGGGGGAACUCUGAUGGAAACUAAAGGACGACUCAUUGCUGGUUCACAUAACCGGAAUGAGUUCGUUCUUAUCAAUGCUGAUGAGAUUGGAAAAGUAACUUCCGUUAAGGAACUGAGUGGACAGAUUUGUAUGAUAUGUGGAGAUGAGAUAGAAGUGACAGCAGAUGGGGAGCCUUUCGUUGCUUGUAACGAAUGUGCAUUACCAAUUUGUAGACCUUGCUAUGAAUACGAAAGAAGAGAAGGAAAUCAAUCUUGCCCACAAUGUAAAACCAGAUUCAAGCGCAUCAAGGGGAGUCCAAGAGUGGAAGGUGAUGAGGAAGAAGAUGAAUUUGAUGAUCUAGAAAAUGAAUUUGAAGAUUCUAGACAUGUUUCCGAGGCAGUUUUUUCUGCUCGGCUUCAUACGGGUCGUGGUCCAAACAGUUAUGCUACUGAGGCUGAUGCAGCCUCUCUCAAUCCAGGGAUCCCUCUUCUAACCUAUGGCGAAGAGGAUGCUGGGAUUUCACCUGAUAAACAUGCUCUUAUUAUCCCACCUUUUCGUGGAAGGCGAGUUCAUCCUGUUUCAUUUCCCGAUUCAUCGAUGUCUUCUCUUCCCCCUCGGCCAAUGGAUCCUAAGAAGGAUUUGGCGGUUUAUGGAUAUGGAAGUGUUGCUUGGAAGGAUAGAAUGGAAGAAUGGAGGAAGAGGCAAAAUGAGAAACUUCAGAUGGUUAAACAUGAAGGAAAUGGUGACGAUGAGCUUGAUGAUCCCGAUUUGCCUAUGAUGGAUGAAGGAAGGCAACCACUCUCGAGGAAAUUACCUGUUCCUUCGAGCAAGAUCAGCCCAUACAGAAUGGUCAUUUUAAUGCGGCUGGUUAUUGUUGGGUUGUUUUUCCAUUACCGUAUUCUCCAUCCAGUCAACAAUGCAUACGGGUUGUGGCUGACUUCAAUUAUUUGUGAAAUAUGGUUUGCUGUUUCUUGGAUAUUCGAUCAGUUUCCAAAAUGGGUUCCUAUUAUGCGAGAAACGUACCUAGAUCGACUCUCACUCAGGUAUGAAAAGGAAGGGAAACCGUCUCAAUUAGCUCCAAUUGACGUGUAUGUGAGUACUGUUGAUCCAAUGAAAGAGCCGCCUCUUAUCACAGCGAAUACGGUUCUUUCCAUCUUGGCAGUUGAUUAUCCGGUUGAUAAAGUAGCUUGCUAUGUAUCAGAUGAUGGUGCAGCCAUGCUUACUUUUGAAGCUCUUUCGGAAACAGCUGAAUUUGCAAGGAGGUGGGUUCCUUUUUGCAAGAAGUUUAAUAUUGAACCUCGAGCUCCUGAGUGGUAUUUUGCUCUGAAAGUUGACUACCUUAAAGAUAAAGUUCAUCCGGAAUUUGUUGGGGAGCGACGAUCAAUGAAGAGAGAAUACGAGGAGUUUAAAGUGAAAAUCAAUGGCUUGGUUGCAACCUCUCAGAAGGUUCCGGAAGAUGGUUGGACGAUGCAGGAUGGAACUCCGUGGCCAGGGAACAAUGUUCGGGAUCACCCUGGAAUGAUUCAGGUUUUUCUGGGUCAAAACGGUGUUCGUGAUGAUGAUGGCAAUGAAUUACCCAAACUCAUUUACGUUUCUCGUGAAAAGAGGCCUGGAUUCGACCACCACAAAAAAGCCGGGGCCAUGAAUGCACUUAUGCGAGUCUCUGCAGUCAUUUCAAAUGCUCCUUACAUGCUGAAUGUUGAUUGUGAUCACUAUAUAAACAACAGCAAAGCCUUAAGGGAAGCUAUGUGUUUCAUGAUGGACCCGACUUCGGGAAAGAAAAUCUGCUACGUUCAGUUCCCUCAAAGAUUCGAUGGGAUUGAUCGUCACGAUCGAUACUCAAAUCGAAAUGUUGUCUUCUUUGAUAUUAACAUGAAAGGUUUAGAUGGGAUUCAAGGGCCCAUUUAUGUCGGAACUGGUUGUGUCUUCAGAAGACAAGCCCUUUAUGGUUAUGACGCUCCGAAGAAGAAGAAAGUUCAGGCAAAGACAUGUAACUGUUUCCCAACUUGGUGUACUAGCUGCUGUUCUGGACUUAGAAAGAAGAUUAAGAAAACGGGAAAAUCAAAGGAGUCGAAGAAAACGACUAAGAACAAGGAAGGUUCAACACAAAUUCACGCUCUUGAAAAUAUUGAAGGAAUCAAUGACGAGAAAUCAUCACUUGUGCCUGUGAAAUUCCAGAAGAAAUUCGGACAAUCAUCUGUUUUCAUAGCUUCCACACUUUUGGAAGAUGGCGGAGUUCCACCAGGGACAACUUCUGCAGAUCUCUUGAGAGAAGCAAUACACGUAAUCAGUUGUGGUUACGAGGAUAAAACCGAAUGGGGAAAAGAGGUGGGAUGGAUAUACGGGUCAGUUACUGAGGAUAUUUUAACCGGAUUCAAGAUGCAUUGUCACGGUUGGCGGUCAGUUUACUGCAUGCCUAAACGGCCUGCAUUUAAAGGUUCAGCUCCUAUAAAUCUUUCAGAUCGUCUUCAUCAGGUUCUUCGAUGGGCGCUUGGGUCUGUUGAGAUUUUGUUGAGUAGGCAUUGCCCGAUUUGGUACGGGUAUGGAUGCGGGCUGAAAGCGCUCGAGCGAUUUUCGUAUAUCAAUUCAGUUGUGUAUCCUUUGACAUCGAUUCCGUUGCUAGUUUAUUGUACCUUACCGGCUAUCUGUCUCCUCACUGGAAAGUUCAUCGUUCCUGAGAUUAGCAACUAUGCAAGUAUUCUGUUCAUGGCGCUUUUCAUAUCGAUUGCUGUAACAAGUAUAUUGGAGAUGCGAUGGGGAGGUGUCGGAAUCGACGACUGGUGGAGAAACGAGCAGUUCUGGGUUAUUGGUGGUGUCUCUUCUCACCUUUUCGCACUCUUCCAAGGUCUACUAAAAGUUUUAGCCGGAGUGAACACCAAUUUCACUGUCACAACAAAAGCAGGAGACGACGGUCAGUUCUCAGAACUCUACAUCUUUAAAUGGACCUCUCUUUUGAUUCCACCAAUGACUCUACUGGUCAUAAACAUUAUCGGUGUCAUCGUCGGCGUCUCUGACGCGAUAAACAAUGGGUAUGAAUCGUGGGGACCUCUUUUCGGUAGGCUGUUCUUCGCUUUGUGGGUGAUAGUUCAUUUAUACCCCUUCUUGAAAGGGUGGAUGGGGAAACAGGACCGGCUUCCUACUAUAAUUGUGGUUUGGUCGAUUCUAUUGGCGUCAAUUUUAACGUUGUUGUGGGUUAGGAUUAACCCGUUUGUGUCUAGAGAUGGUCUUGUUCUUGAAGUUUGCGGGUUGAACUGUGACUGAUCGACUUGAAGGAAAAGGUUAAAGAGAAAGGAAGGGAAGGGAAGGGAAGGGAAUUAUGUAGAACACGAUUCAUCAUCAUCAUUGUCGUCAGAUUAAGUGUAUACGGGUUGAUAAGGGCGAUCAUGAAGCUGAAAUGUUGUAAGAUAGCAAGGAGAUUGAUGGAGAUCGUCGAUGAGAAGGAAGUAAAACAUUCUUAUUUGUUCUGCAAUUUUUAUUUAUUAUUUUUGUUUCUGCCAUUGAUUCAUUUGAUUCCCUGAAAAAAAAAGAACUAUAGUCAAUAAGGGAUUAUAUAGUAUUUAUAUAAAGGUUGUGUUGUUCAUUGUUUAUUUGCCCCCCUUCAAUACUGGGAUUUAUAAGAUUUUGUUUGUAACUUUGAACUUGGUGAUGAUGGUGAUGUUCAUCUGUGGAUUCUUCUUUCAAUAAGAAAUGAUGAAUUGGGUUUUGUUA